AUGGAUCAUUACUCUUCUCCCGGAGGCACCUGGACGAUGAUUCCUACCCCAAACUCCAAUUCCCAAAUCCAAUCUCAAUCUCAAUCCCAUUCCCAAUCCAAUCAAGACCCAACCCUUUAUCUUCAACAACAACAGCAACAAUUUCUUCAACAACAACAGCAAUCUUUUCAACAAACACAAACCUCCCAGUCUCAAUUCCAACUCCAACAACAACAACAGCAACAACUUUAUCAACAACAACGACUUCUACAGCAACAACCCCAACCCCAACAACCCCAACCCCAACAACAACAACCACAACCCCAACAACAACCACCACAACAACAGCAGCAGCAACAACAGCAGAAUCUUCACCAAUCACUCGCUUCUCACUUCCAUCUCUUACAUUUGUUGGAGAAUUUGGCUGAGGUUGUUGAACAUGGAAACCCAGAUCAACAAUCAGAUGCAUCGAUUGCUGAAUUGAGCAGCCAUUUUGAUAAGUGUCAGCAGCUGUUAAACUCAAUCUCGGCUUCUAUUAGCACCAAAGCUAUGACUGUUGAGGGACAGAAGAAGAAGCUAGAGGAAAGCGAGCAAUUGCUAAAUCAGCGAAGAGAUUUAAUUGCCAAUUACACAAAAUCUGUAGAGGAGCUUGUCAAGUCUGACCCAUAA